CUGUGGGGAACCAUCAUACCUGCUCAGCACACUCUGAAUCAGAGUUCUUUCCGCUCAAUUGCAUUGUCAUGUUGAUACAGCCGCAUUCUUUCAGUGGCCCCCACCCCUGCACUUUUUUGGGGGAGCUGGGGUUGGUGGGAUUGAGGGAGCUGUUCCCGCCCAACAUCCCCUGGAAAAACCUGUGGUGAGAUCUCGCCACAUCCCACAUCCACACUCACAGAUGCAGGCUGUGAGUGUUUCACAUCUGUCCCGGGAACAUUCCAGCGCAACUUCCUCGUCUCCUGCUGACUUAAACCAGAGCACGGGGUGGACGUUCAGCUACACAAGCUUUGGUUCUGAAUUGGCUUUUUUUUUCCACGUCAAUAGCUCACCCAUUAACUGGGAAGGAAAAAGACCUGCUGUGCUGGACCAACACAGAGUGAGACCCCUCCGAGUCGGACAUGGGGAAAGUCUACUACGUCAGUAAAAAUGUUGGCCUCGGGAUGCUCGUGCUGGCGGUCACUGCUCUGGUUACCAUCAUAGCUCUGUCCAUCGCCUACGACAAGGAGCGAGCCAGGAAUCGGGGCGCGCCCGGAGACGCAGCGACAGGCGGCACCAGCGUGCCCGUGGCCCUCCCCACCCCCUCCGCCCCGAAGGAGCCCUGGGACCACUACAGGCUCCCGGACUCCCUGGUGCCCGUCACCUACAACGUCAGCCUGUGGCCCCGACUGAAGCCCGGCGCCGACGGCUUGUACGUCUUCACCGGCCGGUCGGCGGUGGUCAUCAGAUGUGUGAAGGAGACCGACCUCAUCAUCAUCCACUCCAACAAGCUGAACCUCACCGGCCUCCACGGGCACCACGCUGCGCUGACCGGCCUGGGGGAGGCCGUCGCGCCCGCCAUCUGGAGGUCUUGGCUUGUCGUGGAGACGGAGUAUCUGGUGAUCCAGCUGCGCGGCAGGCUAGCCGUUGGAGCGUCAUAUGUGCUUGACACCGAAUUUCGGGGGGAGCUGGCGGAUGACCUGGAAGGCUUCUACAGGAGUGAAUACACCGAGGGCGGUGUGAGGAAAGUUGUUGCUACCUCACAGAUGCAAGCUACGUAUGCGAGGAAAACCUUCCCCUGCUUCGACGAGCCCGCCAUGAAGGCUGUCUUCAACGUCACCAUCAUCCACGACCAAGACACCAUCGCUCUGUCCAACGGCAUGCUAAUUGGCAGUGAGGACUCGGUCAUUGACGGUGUGCCGGUCAGACAGACCACGUUUGAGCCCACAAAGAAGAUGUCCACGUAUCUGCUGGCGUUUAUCGUCAGCGACUUUCAUAGCAUUAAUUCAACCAUGAACAACAAUUUGUUGAUCCGAAUUUGGGCUCGAAGGAAAGCCAUAGAAUCCCAACAGGGCGACUAUGCUCUCAGCGUUACAGGGAAGAUCCUUCAGUUCUAUGAGCACUACUACAACGCUACAUAUCCGCUCUCUAAGUCAGAUCAGAUUGCUCUGCCUGACUUCAAUGCAGGAGCAAUGGAGAACUGGGGUCUGGUCACCUACAGGGAAACGGCCCUGCUCUUUGACCCCAUCAUGUCCUCAACUGGAAACAAAGAGAGAAUUACAACUGUCAUCUCCCACGAACUCGCACACAUGUGGUUUGGCAACCUGGUGACUAUGAAGUGGUGGAAUGACUUGUGGUUGAACGAGGGCUUCGCGUCAUACGUGGAGUACCUCGGAGCCGACUACGCUGAGCCCACCUGGAGCAUGAAAGACCAGAUCAUACUGUCUGACGUGCACAAGGUGUUUGCGAUGGAUGCCCUGGCCACCUCACACCCGCUGUCCCGUCAAGAAGAGGAGGUCAACACCCCUGCUCAGAUCAGCGAGAUGUUCAACACAAUCUCCUACAGCAAGGGAGCGGCGGUGCUCAGGAUGCUGUCAGAGUUUCUCACUGAGCCUGUGUUUGCCAAAGGACUCAGUUCUUAUUUGAACACAUUCGCCUUCGGCAACACGGUGUACAGAGACUUGUGGGACCACCUCCAGCAGGCAGUUGAAAAUACUCCAGGUAUGCAUAUUCCUCACACCGUCCACGACAUCAUGAACCGCUGGAUUCUGCAGAUGGGCUUCCCAGUGGUCACUAUUGACACCCGGACAGGAAGCAUCACACAGAAACACUUCCUGUUGGAUCCAGACUCCGUCGUGAACCGGCCCUCUAAGUUCAAUUACACAUGGUUUGUCCCGAUCAAAUGGAAGAAGACAGGUGUGGAGCAGCACCAGUACUGGCUCCUUCAAGAGACAGACGUCCAUUCUCAGAUGAGAGUUUCAGGAGAGGACUGGGUACUGGCCAACACCAAUGUAACCGGGUACUUUAGAGUCAACUAUGAUCUUGACAACUGGAAUCGCCUCCUCUCCCUGCUCAACACUAACCAUCAGGCCUUGUCAAUAAUCAACAGAGCACAGAUCAUAGAUGAUGCUUUCAACCUAGCAAGAGCCAAAAUAGUCAAUAUAACAUUGGCCCUGAAGACAACCAAAUACCUGUCCAAGGAAAGAGACUACAUCCCCUGGGAGUCAGCUCUGAGAAACCUCAACUACUUCAUCCUCAUGUUCGACCGCACCGAGGUCUACGGGGCGUUACAGACAUACCUCAAGAAACAAAUUCAACCACUUUUUGAGCACUUCCGGACAAUAACAGAGAACUGGACCAAAGUACCUUCAGGACACAAUGAUCAGUAUAAUCAAAUCAAUGCUAUUCGAAUAGCAUGCAAUAUGGGUGUGCAGGGUUGCAGGGAGCUGAUCAAAAGCUGGUUCAGCCAGUGGAUGGAAAAUCCACAUCAAAACCCGAUCCAUCCCAACUUGAAAAGCACCGUUUACUGCACGGCCAUAGCCUUCGGCGGUGUGGAGGAGUGGGACUUUGCUUGGAGAAUGUUCAAAAACGCCACUCUUGCAUCCGAAGCCUCCAGGCUCAGGGCGGCCUUAGCCUGCACCAAAGCACCGUGGCUGUUGAACAGGUACCUGGAGUACACCCUGGACCCGACGAGAAUCCGAAAGCAAGACGCCACAUCUACCAUCCAGUACAUUGCCCAAAAUACUGUGGGGAUGCCGCUGACCUGGAACUUUGUCAGAGCAAGAUGGAGCUACCUUUUUGAACAGUAUGGACGAGGAUCAUUUUCUUUCUUUGGUCUCAUCCACGGAAUUACAACGAGAUUCUCUACAGAGUUUGAGUUGCAGGAGCUGAAUAAAUUCAAAGAAGACAACCUCCAUGUUGGUUUUGGCUCAGCCACCAUGGCCCUGGAGCAAGCUAUAGAAAAGACCAAGGCCAACAUCAAAUGGGUGGCAGAGAAUAAAGCCCAUGUGAUGAACUGGUUUAACGAGGAGUCCAAAUGAGAACACCAGGACGCUCAAAAUGUCUUUUUAGUUGUGCCGUCAGGGAUGUGAAAUAAAUGACAAACACUUU